CCGUCAGUCAGCUGUCGUUCUUUGCUAUGACUGAACUGUCAUUUUCAGUCAAGUGUCAUUUUCUGUCUAAUUUAGUUGUUGUGUACAAUUGUAAUGUGAAUGUGUAAUAGAGCUCUCAUUUCUUAGGACACUAAUCGAUGUUACGUAUCAGGUGGUGAAAUGGGAGGCCGGAAACGAAAAUGGGAACGAACCCAGAAAGAAUAUUCCAACAGUCUGUCACAAUGACAGCAAAAAUGUGGCCUCAGGGUAACAACAGUAUGCCCUCGGGCAGCUGGGAGACACAGUUGCGAGUGCCCUCACGCUAUUGGCCGGUGCUGAUACCCCUGUUCUUGGGUGGGGGACUGGUCCUGCUGCUGGUGCUCGCUAUUGUUAUGUGGCAUUGCUGUGGAGCUCGGAGUAAAGACUACAGUGUAAGGAUGGAUGGAGAAACUGUGCCUCCAAGAAGUGUAGUCCCAGUAUUGCCCAGUCACUCGGCAGUGUUUGUGGAGCCCAAAUAUCGCCAAUGGAGCUACAGCAGUCGACUGGUCACCUCCCAGCACUGGUUCUAUAACAGACAUCUGAUGGCUAUGGAUCACUGCAACGUGCCUCGGUCUCUCAGCGUCCCCACUCCAGGCCCUGUCACGAGCCGACGACAAUCCUCCCCUUCCCGGGUCGUCUUCCCUGACUCAGAGCCCUGCUCCCUCCCCGUCCCUCUCCCGCACAUAUCAGAGUUCAGCCCGGGAACUCAGUACGCCUCUAGUAGUAUUUUAGACGAAUAUGGAUCAAGAGACUUGUAUCCUAGUGUAGGAGGAGUGAUGUUAAAAACUCAAAGUCUUCCUGCAUGUGUUCGAACACGACCUCGGCCUAUCUCGACGGCUGAUGAUCUUUCCGAACUUUACGCUAAGGUUAACUUCAGUAAGAAGCGAAAAAACCGGAUGCGGAAUGACGAGGCGGCAAUCAUAGCUCUCAGCAAAUCUAGGAGCCAGUUUCUGCACAAAGACACAGACUCACUAGUGGACAAUGAAGCCGUGAUUGUGUACGAUGAGAGGACAGCUCUUUAGUACGGUGUGGUGCUACCAAACAAUAAUAUAUCAUCUUUAUAUUUAUAUUUAAACAUUUUUUGUAUCUUAUAAGAAGACUGCAAUGUACAGGAAAUUCAGCAAACAAUAAUUUUACUGUAGGUAAUAAAGGCAUAUCAAGUAUUAUUAA